CCGGCUCUGCAGCCGCGGGAGGCGCCGGGAGCAGCAGCAACGGUAGAGGCAGCGCGGCGGGCGGGCGCAGACGUGCUCCGCUCCCCGGCCGCGGUCCUCCAUGAAGAUGAACUCGCCCUGGGCGCGCUUCUACUCCAACAGCUGCUGCCUGUGCUGCCAUGUCCGCACCGGCACCAUCAUCCUGGGCGUCUGGUACCUGAUCAUCAAUUCAGUGGUACUGCUGAUUCUCCUGAGUGCCCUGACUGAUCCUGACCAGUACCACUUAACAAGUGCUGAAUUAGGAGGAGAAUUUGAAUUUAUGGAUGAUGCCAAUAUGUGCAUUGCAACUGCAAUUUCUCUUCUUAUGAUUCUGAUUUGUGCAAUGGCUACGUAUGGAGCCUAUAAGCAACAUGCAGCCUGGAUUAUCCCAUUCUUCUGUUACCAGAUCUUUGACUUUGCCCUGAACACUUUGGUUGCCAUCAGUGUCCUUGUUUAUCCAAACACCAUUCAAGACUAUCUACGGCAGCUGCCUGCCAAUUUUCCCUACAAGGAAGAGAUUAUGUCAGUGAAUCCUACUUGUCUAGUUGUGAUUAUUCUUCUCUUUAUAAGUAUUAUCUUGGCUUUCAAGGGUUACCUGAUUAGCUGUGUGUGGAACUGUUACCGGUACAUUAAUGGCAGAAACAACUCUGAUGUGCUGGUAUACAUUACUACAAAUGACACUGCGGUGCUGUUGCCGCCUUAUGAUGAUCCUUUGAAUGGAGCUGCUAAAGAACCACCACCUCCUUAUGUGUCAGCAUAAGCAGGAGUGUGAAGUGUACCUAAGAACAAUAGCUUUAUCCGUCAAACAUUUGAGCAAUAGCAGGUUUAUUUAACUUCCAGGAUGUAACCUCUAAGGUUUAUGUAUUGCUGUUUUACUGAAACAUAGAUAUUAUGUUUAAAAUACUGUAGAUUGUUUGAAUAAUUUACUGAAACUAAAAUAGUGUGCGGAAUUAGCUUCAGAAACUUUUUGAUUAAUGUUAAGUAGUCAUAGAUUAACCUUUUUCAUCAUAUUUUGAUUUGCAGAAGUUAGAACUUUGGGGUAUAAAUCAGGUCCAGAGUAUAAAUUUAGUUUUUAUCAAUAAAGCUUCCAGAUCAUUAAACAAGCAAACAAGUUACUCUGAGAUAUAAACAGGGAAAGGUUUUUACUGAAUAUCAUCUGCUCCCUGGUAACUACCUAUGUGCACUCUCAGCUUGUGUAAGUAAAUGCUGGCUGGCAGAAGACUAGUCCCCUUUUACUGAUGGUAAAUAAGUAUGAGCUAGAUUUCAUUUACUGUCUGUUAAGAGAAUACACAUGGACAGUUACUGUAAAGCAGCUGAUGUGUGAUAAUCCCCUCUGCCUUUCACCUUACAAUAACUUGUUUUUACAGUUGUGCCCUAAGUAAAUCCAAAAAAUGUGGCAUUCCACUUUAUUCCUGUUCCAGAAAAAAAGCUGAUUAAAAUAGUGUGCUGUAAGAAAUUAUAUUUAAGGGAACAGGAGUGAGGUUAUAUAUUAUUCUUAUAUAUCAGAUUAAUGAGAAAUGGCUUUAACUGGAGGAAAUGGGCAGGAGAAAGCAAAAUGACUAGGCCUUCAAAAUUACUACCUGCUGUGUCCCAUCUUGUAACCACCCUUCUGUACAAAAUAAUUAUCACACUUCUAAUAAUAUGCCCUUCCUGCCUAUACAGUCCUUUCCCUUCUAAGAACCUCAAAAAUGUUGAGAUUAUGAAAUACUUGUUCUUCUUAAGGCACAUGACUAAAAAAGCCUCCUGGGUAUUGAAAAGGUAAAUGUUUUUCCUUGGGAUUGCACCUGUAAAUGCGGUAAUGGGUUUUUUUGGAGUGUGAAGUAAGUUAUACAGAUUCUGGUGUAAAUUUGCCUAGCCCAGAGGAAAUUUAUGCACGUAACUUUCUCUCACUUUAAUAGAUACCUCUUGUGCAUACCCUCUAUGCACCAAUAUGGGAAUGUUAGAUUCCCUUUUAUGACAUGAGUGAUAGCAUUUGAAUUCAUUUUAAUGGGAUUUAUCCAUUUAAGUCUGACCCUGCUAUGAAUGUGUAUGUGAGGUACUCUCAUUUUCCCCAGAAGUGCCUCUUGCACAGGUAACUUUUUGUUGGAAGUACUAUUUUUAAAAAGAUUAACUUGAAAUUACUCAUCUCUGAGAUAUAAAUGGAUGUAUUUCUACCUCUCAUUUCUUCCCAAGUGUUACCUCCUGUGUUUUUUGGUGACUGAACAGGUUGGGGCUAGAAUGCACCAUGCACAAAGCCGUAUGUAAAGGGUCAUGCAGAGCUGUACCGGAUACCGGAGGAGCACAAAAAGGAAUUGUCCCUCAUCAGGCACAGUGUCUCCUGGAGGUGACCUGGAAUGGGAAUUCUGCACUAUACAUGAAGACAGUACAGAUUUCUCUCCUCUGGGCACUGACUGCUCUACGAGCUAAUGCGGAGUAUGGGCCAGGAGGCCUUGGUCCUCUCAGCCUCUGUCUGGAUGAUUUGCUCCCAGAGACUGCUAUUCCAAAUACAUGUGCAAGGCCAGCUCCCAAUCUGGCACUCAGUAUUUUACAUCAUUGCUUGCUCGCUCCAAGAUCAGACCAAACAGUACCUUUGAGUGGCCCAGGUGCUGAAGUCAGUCCACUGAUAAUGUAGCAAACUCCCUUUGUUUUCUUCACAGUAACUCUCAUAUGUUUCAGUAUAGGCCUCAUAUCUAUUUAAAUUCCAGAACUAAAUCUAAUCUUUGGAUAGUAUGCCCAGACUUCUGAUUGGACUGGCCAUUAUUUUUAUUUCCCUCAGCUAAUUUUUAGAAAUUUGUAAACAUUCGACUUUUUUGAGAAUAAGCCAAUUGUGCAUACUUCUCACUGACUCUACUAUGUGUACCAACCUCCCUACAAUAAAAGGAAUGUUUCUUCA